AAGAAGAAGAAGAAGAAGAAGAAGAAGAAGAAGAAGAAGAAGAAGAAGAAGAAGAAGAAGAAGAAGAUAGCUGCUCGCCAGUCCCAGAGCCUGCCAGGCUGCCGGCCAGUGCUGACCGUAUGGCCGGGAGCAGGAGCAGGGCCACCCUCCGUGUGUGGCUGGUGUGCCCUGGGCUGCUCGGCUGUUUCUUGCUGGGCUUUCUUACAGGAUGGUUUACAAAACUGACCGAGAAAAACCCCAACUUUUCAGAUGUGCGUCAAAAUGUGAGACAGAAACUUGUGGCUGAAAUGAAAGCAGAGAACAUCAGGAAAUUUCUUCGUUCAUUUACCAAGCUGCCUCACCUCGCAGGAACUGAACAGAAUCUUCUUCUUGCCAAAAAAAUUCAAGGCCAGUGGAAGGAAUUUGGAUUGGAUUCAGCAGAACUUGUUAAUUAUGAUGUGCUUCUUUCAUACCCAAAUGAAGAGCAGCCAAACUACAUUUCACUAAUUGAUGAUCAAGGGAAUGAGGUUUUCAAUACAUCAUUGUUUGAACCACCUCCACAGGGGUAUGAAAAUGUUACUGAUAUACUACCACCAUAUAAUGCUUUUUCAGCACAAGGAGUGCCAGAGGCAGAUCUGGUGUAUGUGAAUUAUGCCCGUACAGAAGAUUUUUUUAAGCUGGAGCGUGAAAUGGGAAUUAACUGUACAGGAAAAAUUGUCAUUGCCAGAUAUGGGAAGAUCUUCAGGGGAAACAAAGUUAAAAAUGCCAUAUUGGCAGGAGCCCAAGGGAUCAUACUUUACUCUGACCCUGCUGACUACUGUGCCCCAGGAGUAGAUGCUUAUCCAGGUGGCUGGAAUCUUCCAGGUGGUGGAGUCCAGCGUGGUAAUGUUUUAAAUCUGAAUGGAGCUGGGGACCCUCUAACACCAGGUUAUCCUGCAAAAGAGUACACUUUCAGGUACAAAGCUAAUGAAGGUGUGGGGAUCCCCAAAAUCCCAGUUCAUCCCAUUGGAUAUCACGAUGCAGAAGUAUUGCUGCGUGCAAUGGGAGGACGUGCAGCUCCAGACAGCAGCUGGAAGGGAAGUCUCAAUGUGCCUUAUAAUAUAGGGCCAGGAUUCACAGGCAACUCUUCUACAAGAAAAGUCAGAAUGCAUGUUCAUACAAGCAAUAAAAUAACACGAAUUUACAAUGUCAUUGGCAUCCUCAGAGGAGCUCUGGAACCAGACAGAUAUAUUAUUUUAGGUGGUCAUAGAGACUCUUGGGUGUUUGGUGGUAUUGAUCCAACCUCCGGUGCCGCUGGUCUGCAAGAAAUUGUAAGGAGUUUCGGUAAAAUUAAGAUGGAAGGUUGGAGACCUAGGCGAACUAUUAUUUUUGCUAGCUGGGAUGCAGAAGAAUUUGGAUUAUUGGGUUCCACAGAGUGGGCUGAGGAAAAUGCCAAAGUCCUUCAGGAACGGGCAGUCGCUUACAUCAACGCAGAUUCUUCUAUAGAAGGUAACUACACAUUAAGAGUUGACUGUUCCCCUCUUCUCUACAAACUGGUGUAUAAUCUGACAAAAGAGAUUUUAAGCCCUGAUGAGGGUUAUGAAAAUAAAUCUCUUUAUGAGAGCUGGCUUGAGAAAGAUCCCGCAUCUGAAAAUAAUAGCUAUCCCAGAAUAAAUAAACUGGGGUCAGGCAGUGAUUUUGAAGCUUACUUCCAGCGACUGGGAAUUGCAUCAGGCAGAGCUCGUUACACCAAAAAUAGGAAAGCAGACAAAUUCAGCAAUUAUCCUGUUUAUCACACUGUAUAUGAGACAUUUGAGCUAGUGGAAAAAUUUUAUGACCCCACCUUCAUAAAACAGCUAACAAUUGCCCAGUUACGAGGCAAACUGGUUUAUGAACUGGCAGAUUCCCAGGUCAUUCCAUUCAACUCUACAGACUAUGGAGAAGCCUUAAAAGGAUACAGCAACAGAAUUUCUAAACUGGCCAAGAAGCAUGAAGAACAGCUGAAACUUUACAAAGUAUCAUUUGGGCAGGACUCUGACCCCUGGAAACCUUAGAGGGUUGGGGUAAGUGUGAAUUCUCAUCCUCACAAGGUGACUUGUCCCUCUGAGCUGCAAGUCUGUAAACAGCUUGCAUACAUAAAAUCUGUGCCUCCAAUUGCACCAACUAAGCAACAGCAAUAAGACAAAAAUGAAGCCAGUGUAGGCUUGUGAUGAAUAAAUAAGUUUGCUAGAAAUAGAAGAGCAAAUGAAUCUGAGGAACAGCUUUCAAUAGGAGUCCAGGGAACAGAAAGCCUGUCACGUGAAAUUGGGUGAUAAACCUAUAAACAGUGAUGGGUUAAUAGUUGCCAACAGAGGACUGGAUUUAGGGGAUGAUCUGAUAGUAUGUCCCAUCUUCCUGAGCAAUUAAAGAGAGGAUACUCUGGUUUAGCCAAAGUUUUCUGAAACUUGUGGGCAAAAUUUACAAGUUUUAAACUGUCUUUUUUUCCUAAUUGAGUUGAGUUUUGGUGGGGCCAGAAGUUGGCAUCGUAACAUCCACCUGUGAUUUAUUCUACAAAAACUACUUGCAUAAAUCAAUACUUUCCCCAGGUCUGUAUUAAAUAGAGCCUUCCAAAAGAAAAUUAUCACAGCUGGUAUUGCCAUUAAAAGGAAGGACUACUGUUUCUCUAAGUUAUUCCACAUGUCUCAGAUGUACUGGGCUGGGUCAGGGCAGGAAAAAGCAGCAGCCAUUCCUGCCCACCUGCCUGCACACAGUCAGGCAAUCCCUGGGGUCUGAAUGGCAGUGCUGUGGGGCAGCACAGGGGAAUGUGGCACAGGCACCUCCUGUGCUGCAAUUCCAACGCCCAACAAGCACAGGACUUGGCUGCUUUAACCUGCUGUGUCUGUCCCUGUGUGCCAUGACAGCUGUGCCUUUUGUGCCUCACCUCACACUGCUCAGCGCAGGUAUCACACUCUCCUGCUGUGCUGUGAAUGGGAAAUCUUUCUCCUCGAGUGAAAUCCUGAUGUUUUUCCACAGCCUUCUCGAACAGCUGGUAUUUCUGAUGGAAGUCAGGCUUUUUAUACCUGAAUGCUGCAGUGCAUUUGUUAAACAGGAAACUGCAGAGCUCUCAGUUUGCAAUGACAGCCAAUUUUUUGCCUGCAAGGCAGAAGGAAGAUUUAUGGUUGAGAAAGCUUUCCCAAGCAGUCUGCUUUACUGUUGGUCUUGUUGCAAAAAAGUAUUUGCUAGUAGUGCAGCUCUUUAAAGUCUGCAUUAGGGAUACCAAUCAA